GGCAGUCCCUUCUCCUCGCCUCGCCGCUCGCCUCGCCGCCCGGUGGUCGCGCUCCCGCCUCCGCCCCCAGCUGCCGCAGCCCCGCGCCCCCGGCCCGCUCCGGCUCUGUCUCUCUCUGCCUGUGCCCUCUCGUCCCGGCGCCGCGCUGCGCUUCCCCCGCCGGUCGCCCCCGCAGCCUAUGGCCCUGGAAGGCGCCGCUGCCGCCGCCUGUAUUUCUGCUGUAGGUUCCCACAUCCCUCUUUAAAAAUUCCGCCUAAAAAGAGAAGACGAUUUACCAAAUCUUUCGGGCCGUUAUCUCACGGCAAAAUCUCUGAUCAAGUUUACAACUAUCCAGAGGGCUUAGGAGAAGUGCUUUAUAGAGAACAGUUCGACUUCAACGCUGAGCCACCUUGGGAACCUAGCUGAUGAUAGUAGGGUUCCAUCUCCUAACUUGUCCAUUUUGUUGCAUAAUUUAAGGACCCGGAUAUAAGGCUUGGAAGCCCAUCCCUUGUGUUUCUUGGUUUAUGACUGUCGGCUUUGUGGAAUACGGCUGAGAUGAAAGGAUUUCUUGAGGAUGCAAAUUACUCCAUUGGUCUGUUGGAUGAAGGAGCAACUCUUGCAGAUGUUAUUGACAACUGUAUUUAUGAACAUACUCAUACUGGAAAAAGAGCAUUUUAUGUUGGUGAUCUUGGAAAGCUGGUAAAGAAGAACAUACAAUGGCAGAACAUGAUGGCACCAAUAAAACCAUUUUAUCCUGUAAGAUGCAAUUCUACUCCAGGUGUACUUGAAAUUUUGGGAACCCUUGGUGUUGGAUUUGCAUGUUCCAGUAAAUCUGAAAUGGCAUUGGUACAAGACCUGGGCAUUUCUCCUGAAAACAUUAUAUAUACAAAUCCUUGCAAGCAAGCUUCUCAGAUAAAGUAUGCAGCGAAAGCUGGGAUAAACAUAGUGACUUGUGACAAUGAUAUUGAGCUGAAGAAAAUUGCACGUAACCAUCCAAAUGCUAAGCUCUUACUGCACAUUGCCACAGAAGACAUAACUGCUGAUGAGGAGAUGAAUAUGAAGUUUGGCACCACCCUGAAGAACUGUAGGCACCUCAUGGAAUGUGCUAAGGAGUUGGGAGUCCAAAUAGUUGGUGUCAAAUUUCAUGUUUCAGGCUCUUGCAAGGACCUGCAAACGUACAUUCAUGCUAUAUCUGAUGCUCGGUGUGUGUUUGACAUGGCUGAAGAAUUUGGCUUUAAGAUGAACAUGUUGGAUAUUGGUGGGGGCUUCACAGGUUCAGAACUUCAGCUGGAAGAGGUUAAUCAUGUCAUCAGGCCGUUGCUGGAUGUCUACUUUCCUAAGGAAUCUGGUGUUAAUGUGAUUGCAGAGCCUGGAUGUUACUAUGUUUCAUCUGCAUUUACUCUAGCAGUUAACAUCAUUGCAAAGAAGACUGUUGAGUAUGAUAAACUUCUUCCUUCUGGAGUGGAAAAAACCAGGAAUGAUGAUGAACCAGUAUUUACAUAUUACAUAAAUGAUGGUGUUUAUGGUUCUUUUGCAAGUAAAUUGUCUGAGAAACUGAAUACUAUCCCAGAGGUUCACAAGAAAUACAAGGAAGAUGAGCCUCUGUUUGCAAGCAGCCUUUGGGGUCCAUCCUGUGAUGAGCUUGAUCAAAUUGUGGAAAACUGUCUUCUUCCUGAGUUGAGCGUUGGAGAUUGGCUGAUCUUUGAUAAUAUGGGUUCUGGUACCUUAGGUGAACAGUCUACCUUUAAUGACUAUCAGAGGCCACUGAUUUACUACAUGAUGUCUUUCAGUGACUGGGAUGAGAUGCAAGAUGCUGGAAUUGCUUCAGACACAUUGAUGAAGAACUUCUUCUUUGUGCCUUCUUGCAUUCAGCUGAGCCCAGAAGACCGCUUUUCCACUGCAGCUUAAACAGGCAUUAACGCUUCAUUUAGACCUGCAGUUGCAAGUCUGUAGUUUGUCUGGUCAACAUUCCAGUGUGGAAGAAAUGGAACAAUCUUGAAUUCAAUUCAUUCUCUUCAAAACUUGAAAAAAUAGUAAUAGCUAAUGGGGACCAGGCAAAACGAGCUACAGCUACAAUUCACUGGGGGGUGGGAGGGUUAGAUAAUGGUGUCCAAAUUUAAAAUCAAGUUCAUUCAACCCCUGAGCGUUUAAAUAUGCAACAAAAUGGAUGACUUAGUGGAGAUGGAAACCCAUCACUUGGGUUCUUCAACAGUUUACAUACAAGUACACAGUUUUUAUACUAAGGAUUCCUGUUAGAAAAGUCUUGUAAAGUUAUUGUCUUUCGCCCAGAUAUAUCAAAUGUCAGUGGGAGACCAGUGUGACUUCAUUAGAUGUUUAGUGUAUUUAGAAUGUGUAAAUUUGUGCUUUGAACUGUAGUUUAAUAAAUGUAAAAUUGCAUCAUAGUAUUUGUUGUAUUUGACCCUUGAUGUAUCCCUUGUAUGAUUGCAAUAAAACUUUGUGUAGAUUUUA